UGUCGCUCUUGAGUGUGAAGUGAGGAGAGAGGUGGAGGGGGAAAAGGAUAUGAGACCGUGGUUACGUUUCCUCGCGUUCUCAGGAUAACCGUGUGUGAGUGAGGAAGCUUGGUUUUGGCUAUACAUUCCCCCAUUUCAAUCACAAUCGGACACUGGGGUUGAAAACAAAACCACUAAAUCAAUGUUCCUAAGGCAAGCUGGCUUCGCUGCGGGAGAUGCGCGCGAACACAAUGGGAGACAACACACUCACUUCGCUUGGAGGAAUACAGCGAUGCAAUAAUAUUACUCUACAAUAAUGGGAAUACUGUCGUGGUGGAUCUUGAAGCAAUACACCCGGACACUCUGCUGCCUGAACCAGUAAUAUUUGUUUUGUUUGCUGUGAAAACAAAUGACUCUGUAAGCGACUGCAGUCUCGUAAAGAACUGUGGGCAUUUUUUUUGCACAAGCGAUGCAUUUUGAGAGGGAGAGAAGCCGGACAUGCCCUAAAUGAAGACGCGGUGCUUGUUUAGUUGCUUCAUUACAUUUGUUGCCAGUUUAUACAUCCACCGGGAUGUGAAAGGAAUUCAUUUCCUGCGUCGAAUUCUCAUGCCCUUUUGCACAUCUGGAUAAGUAAAUUGUUUUGUUAUUUAAUAUUAAUUUAGUAGUGUAACUAAUUUAAUAUAGUACGCGUUUAAUUAUAGUAUUAUUAUAAAUAGCCCACUAUUACUUCCUUAUUACUAGACGACAUCAAAGGACCAGUGUCUGUAAGUCAUUUUUCCAUUCAAAGUAACGUCUGUCCCACUCGUGGAGCCUAUUCAGUAGCUCCCAAUUCAGUUCGUGUCCCUAGAGAAUGUACCUUCUUGACGGUAAUAUAGAAAGGAUGGAGCGAGGAACGCCACAAAGGAAGACGGUGUACCGGAUCUCUCUCACCUUGGUAAAGAAAGAGAGCUUGGAGGAGGAGGAUGGGGUCAGCUGCGGGAGCUCUGGACAACGACGUCUCGAGAACCCCAACGUGGGCGCUUACCGUCGCGAGGUCUCCUCGGAGCUCCAGAGGAGUUGUCUGCUGGAGGAGCUGAAAGAAGUUGAGGAUGAAAGCGAAGAGUUCCACUCACACAACUACAUGAGAAAUUUCAGGACAUUCAGCACCGGACAAUUAGAACUUGGAAGGCUUAAAAUGAAAAAGGCGCAUCAGUUGCAUAAAGAGUUGAAGGAAACUAGCCCCUCCACAGAGCAUGGUAACAACAGCCAGGCCUCAGAGGAGACCAUGUCACCGCAGAGUCAGAAGAAAUCACAGGGGAUAAGCUGGACACAGGAAAGCGCUGAAACUGACUCGAGGCUUAAGGGGGAUAUUUGCACGGAGACUGAAAAAACGUUGACAACAUCUGCUUCCAACGGUGAGAAUGGGAGUGUUGAUAAGAAGAAAAGACUCCUGAAAGCCAAGAGCACAGAGGACAAGGGCAGUGAUGCUCCAACUAAUGGGAACGGGGGUAAGGACAAGAUGUGUGCGUCUAAAAGUAAUGGAAGAGCCGUCAAGGCCUCUCCCGAGACGCCGCCACUGAAGAGCCACCCCAGCCUGCUUCGCCGGAGCUUCAGUUUCCGCCACUGGACAGGUGGCGAACUGCUCCGCGUCCGGGCCCUCUCCAAAGACCAGCACCACGGCAGCUCUGGGUGUGUCGGCCGCGGGGAAGGAACAGCCGGGGACGACAACCAGACCCCCCAGUCCACAGUCCUCCAGAACCCGGCUUACGAUGAGACGGGACCGCCUAAACGAAACACGUUAGAAGUCGGGGCUGUCCUUAACAAGACUGACUCAAUGACAUCGCUGAGUCGCUGGGAACGAGCGAGAGGCAAAAACCGCACACUGGACAACAGUGAUCUGAUCACUCUUUCCAUGAAGAGUGUGUCGGAGAAGGAGGGGUUUCUGAGAGGCACCGGCUCCCGCUCCAGUGGCUCAGACCGGCGGCUGGUCAGGUUCUUCAGCGGUAUCUUCUCCAGGAAGGAUGGAGGGAUGGUGUCUACCUCCACUCCGGUGGGCAGCCCCAGCACUAACCGCUCCCUCAGGAAGGGGAAGAGGAGCGGCCCCAUGGCCUACUCCCAGUCCAGCACAGAGAGUGUUAACGGAGGAGGAGGCCUGUCUUCAGAGGACGCCUUUGUGAACAGCCAGGAGUGGACCCUGAGCCGAUCGGUACCAGAACUCAAAGUGGGCAUUGUGGGUAACCUGGCCAGUGGGAAGUCUGCGCUGGUUCACAGGUACCUGACAGGAACAUACGUCCAGGAGGAAUCUCCAGAAGCUGACGUGGAUGCAGGUAACUAUCCUCUUCCCCCAUUCUGUCUGUGGCCCUUGUGGAAUGUUUUCCUCUCUGCACUAUAGGUCUUACCAUUUCACAGUAGCAGCUUGAUAAUAGGUCAGGUUGCCCAAAAUCAUUCCAGAUAUCACCACAACAAUGCAUUCUGUAGCUAAAGUGCUACUCUGAAUGGCCACAAGCCAGGUAUUUCCCACUUAGACAAUCUAGUGUGACAGUCAAGCGAGCAGCUAGAUGAUGAACCUGAGGCUGAUCAAGUUGCUGCUGUGCUAACAUUUAGCUUGUAGCUUCACGUAGCUAACCCUCUCCUUUUCACUCUGUUACUGUGUCUGUUGUUUCAUUUGUGGAGCCACAACUCACCCCUUCUCUAUGUCUCACACACACACACACACACAUUACACACACACACUGAGCAGCUGACUCAGCAGAGAGCCCAGCCACAAAGCUGCACCAAGGGGAUUGGUACUUUAAUACAACAGAAAACACAACACACUACCUCCAAUGGGACGGCAGGUAGCCUAGUGGUUAGAGCGUUGGCCUAGUAACCAGCAUGUAGCCUACUGGUUA